GCGGAGCGUAUAUAGUAACGGAGCACCGGAAUAUUUGGAAUAAUUAAAUGACAAGUGAAAAAUCUUAUGUAACGAGCAGCAUAAAGUGAAAAAAUUAUAAAUUUUUUAAAGUAAUUAUACCCGGUUUGCAGUCAACAUGGUGUACGACAUGACGCAUAUGAUGCCCGCACAAAGCAUCUCACUGGGCCGCUAUUAUUUGCACGAUCUCAAUGGUAGCGCUGAAAAUCAUGAUUAUGUCUUGGAUAUAGAUCGACGCUUUCAGGCGCGCAUGGCUUGUGAGACCAUGCCACAGGCCUCACCACCACCGCCGCCAACGCCAGCGCCGCGACGCCGCACAACACCCAUUGCGCAUCUGGAUCCCUCGGAAUUGGUGGGGCUGUCACGUGAAGAGCGACGCCGUCGGCGACGCGCCACACUAAAAUAUCGCACCGCGCAUGCCACACGCGAACGCAUACGCGUCGAAGCGUUCAAUGUCAGCUUUGCGGAAUUGCGUAAGCUACUGCCAACACUGCCACCGGAUAAGAAGCUGUCAAAAAUCGAAAUUCUCAAAUUGGCUAUAUGCUAUAUAGCAUAUUUGAAUCACGUGCUGGAAACGCCAUAA